CCUGCACUCUCUCUGUCUCCUCUCGCCAUCGCUUGGUGGCAGGUGCAGGAGAGGAGCAGCGGCUCCGAGGCAGGGCGACACUUGACGCUAGCGCAACCGGCUGAACGAUGGCGCCGUGCCUGACCGAGUGACCCUCAAGACCAGGCGUUUGCAGCCGUUGCAUCGCUUCCCUCUCAACCACAUCCAUCAAGCCAGCAAGCAUGUCAACCGCCCUCCCGCACAGCGACGAUGUGGACGUCAAGAGCGACUCUGCCUCCUCGGGCGCCGCCUCGCCAGAGGCAGCGCUGGCAGUGCCGGCAUGGAACGGCAAGAGGACCUGGUUCAGGACCACCUUCUUUAACAUGUCUGUCCUCGGCCUCUGCUGCUUCCUCGCGCCGGGACUCUGGGGAGCUACGGCCAGCCUGGGCGCCGGAGGAAGCCAGUCGCCGCAGCUCGUCAACACCGGAAAUGCGGUGCUGUUCAGCCUCAUGACCGUCACGGCUCAACUUACUCCAGCCCUCGUGCACCUUACCUCCAUCAAGACGGCACUCGUCAUCGGAGGUCUUGGCUACUCGCCGUAUGCCGCUGCGCUCUACGUCAAGUCUAGGGAGCUGCCAGGUGCCGACGCAUUCAUCAUUGCGGGUGCAGCCAUGUGCGGUCUGAGCGCUGGUAUCUUCUGGAGCGCCGAGGGUGCCAUCGCGCUCGCGUACCCCGAGCCCGCCAACCGCGGGCGGUACUUGUCAUACUGGCUAUCCUUCCGGGUGCUCGGCCAACUCAUCGGGGGCGUCAUCAACCUCAGCUUGAAUGCUGAUCGUGCGUCGGCGGGGUCGAUCAGUGUGAACACCUAUCUGGUGUUCGUCAUUCUGCAGGCCUUGGCGCCCGCAGCAGCACUGCUGCUCAGCAAGCCAGGCAAGGUGCAGCGCUCAGAUGGCAGCCCCGUGUACCUGCACAUCGCAACGGGCUGGCGCACCGAGAUUGCCAACAUGGCGCGUCUGCUGAAGAGGAAGGAGGUGCUGCUGAUUCUGCCGUUCAUGUGGCAGGGCACGUUCAGCGAGUCGCUCAUCGGCACCUACGCCGCGACGCACUUCACCGUGCGCAGCCGUGCUCUAGGCAGCUUCCUCUCUGCUGUCGUUGCCUCGUUGGGCGUCAUUACCCUGGGCCUCCUUCUCGACUUCAAGAAGCUCUCGAUCAACGCUCGCGCCAAGACUUCUUUCUUCGCCGUCGUCGGCAUGCAGCUGGGCUGGUGGAUCUUCGCCACGGUGGUCAUGAAUCGCUACCACAAGAGCGGCGUCGUGCUUGACUGGGAAGAUGCCGGAUGGAGCACGGGUUUCGCGGUCUACAUCCUCCUCCAGCUCGGCUUCAAUUUACAGUACGAGCUCAUGUACGGCAUCAUCCAGGGAGGAUUUGAGGACCAGGCGGAGAUCGUGCGCCUUGCUUCCAUGCUGCGCUCUGUCGAGAGCGCGGGCCAGGCCGUCAGCUACGGCAUCAACGCCACCGGCCUGCGUCUCGACGCAGUGGCGGGCAUCAACUUUGCCCUCUUUGGCCUCUCGGCGCCGCUUGUGUACUUCUUCGUGCGCAACAUUGGCAUCGCGGCAGACGGCACCAAGCUCUUCGAGGCGCCCAUCCACGCACCGCCGGAGCAGCGUGCCAUACUCGCCGCCAAGGGCGUCCCCGGCGUCGUUGGGCACGACGCCCAGGGACAUGCUGUCAUCGCCGGCACGAACGUGAACCCGGAGGACGUCGAGGAGCCGCUUGCCAAGCAGUAGACCGCUGGUGUUGGCCUACCGCGAUGGCCGGUCGCCUUACUUCGAGCUCCCCUUUCCUAAUCUCCUCUGUACUACACGAACCAUUACCCGAUAGAACAAAUGACAUUACAC